CUGCAAAAUGAUUCGUGCAACAUUUUGGUUCAGUUGCUAACUAUUACACCAAAGAGCGGCGAUGUAGCUAGCUAGCUACAGUAGCAUUAACAUGAAUUAAGAAUGUAUUCAACGUUAGCCACGUUUGUAGAAUUUUUUAUUUUGUGGAAUUUUUGUUUUACUCAAUCCCCUUGAAGUAUCCUUGAAGUGAGCUGUCAACCUUACAAGCCUGAACUGGAAUAAUAAAAUUUUUAGCAAGGUACUACUACUGUAUUGUGGACCGGCAGCAUUUGCCUAACUCUUCUAAGACUCGCUGACUAGAAAUGAGUAUUGAAAUCCCAGACGGAUUGACGGAGCUGUUGCAAAGAUUUACUGUGGAAGUGUUGAGGAAUCAGCCUGGAGACCUUGUGGAGUUUGCCGUGCAGUAUUUUAUUCAACUGAAGGAAAAUCAGGCAGUAACCGCUUUUGACUAUGGCAAUUCCCGAAAUUCUGCAAUCGCCGGUCGACCUAGUGGUAGUGGAAGAGCUGUCAACUUUGCGGAGGAGGCAAUUCAAACCGAUUCGGAAAAUGAAGAUGACGAUGAGGAAUUCGUAGCUCCAGUGAUCAACAGAUUUUUGAGAAGAUCUUCUGUUUGUGCUGAAGCAAUCAACCCAGAUGAAGAGGAGGAGGACAAAGAUCCUAGGGUCACCCAUCCUAAAUCGGAUGAGCAAAGGCACAGGCUACAGGAGGCAUGCAAAGACAUUCUGUUGUUCAAAAACCUAGACCCGGAGCAGAUGUCCCAGAUACUGGAUGCCAUGUUUGAGAAGCCAGUGACAACUGGAGAACACAUCAUAGACCAGUAUGAUGACGGGGACAACUUCUAUGUUAUUGAAAGCGGGACCUUUGACAUCCUAAUGAAAGCAGACGGUUUGGACCGCGUGGUUGGUUCCUAUAAUCACCAGGGCAGUUUUGGCGAACUGGCCCUGAUGUACAACACCCCCCGGGCCGCCACCAUCAUCGCUACCUCUGGAGGAGCACUCUGGUGCAUGGACCGAAUUACAUUCAGGAGGAUUAUAGUGAGGAACAAUUACCAGAAGAGGGAGACCUACGAGGCCUUCAUCAAGUCGCUGCCUCUACUAACCUCCCUAGAGGUCUCUGAAAGGAUGUGCGUGGUGGACGUCCUAUCCUCCAAGUCCUAUGUUGACGGCGAACAGAUUAUAGCACAGGGGGAACUGGCUGACUGUUUCUACGUAGUGGAAUCCGGUCAGGUUGGCAUCACAAUGAAGAGGACCAAGAUGAAAAAGGACGAGGGCGAGGAGAGGCAGAUUGCCACGUGCACUAGGGGACAGUACUUUGGAGAACUGGCUCUUGUCACGAAUAAACCGCGGGCCGCUUCAGCGUACGCCAUCGGAAACGUCAAGUGCUUGGUCAUGGACGUGCAGGCGUUUGAGCGUCUGCUGGGGCCCUGCAUGGACAUCAUGAAGAGGAACAUCCUCAACUACGAAGAGCAGCUGGCUGCGCUGUUCGGAAGUACAGCUGACAUCCCCGACCACACAGCGCAAUGAAACACCCUGAGCAUAAAAAGCUGAGACAUUGACUCCUAGACACUCCUGAAGGGCCAAAUGUUGCUAUUUCAUUGUUAGCAGUCAGACUUUUUUAGGUAGGACAUUGUUAGUCCACACAACCAACUUAGACUUCAUAUGAGACAAAUCCCAUAUUAUUUAUAUAGUAUUUUGUAUGAUACAAAACCUAGUGGUUUGUGUUAGUGACCUUUAAAUUCAUCCUGAUUACUAUUUCCAAUAGUAAUCAGGAUGAAAAAGGUAUUGCUGCGUUUUGUAACCUGGAAGUAUUACCAAUAGAAUAUCAAUUAAUCAUGAAUGAAUUAUUAUUUCAUCUGGUUUCUUAUCUCUGACAUGUAUCUGUUACUUUUAAAACUAAUGUUUUAAUCUGGACAGUAUGUGGUAUGAAAACAAGACAUUUCUCACCACAGAAACUAUUAGUGAAGUGCUGCUGCUUAAAACAUCUUUCAGUGUAGCUUUUAUUUUUGGUCGCCAACUUGUUUAUGAUAAAAUUAAACAAUUGUACUUCAAGAUUUUAAUAGCUCUUUAGUUCUGAGUAAAGCAUUUACAAUCUUGUUGGCAUUAGUAACCAAUCGUUUAAAUGCUGUAUAUUUCUUAGGUCCAAUGGGACGUUGACAAAACUUGGUGCUCAGUAGCAAAAAAAGGCAGUGUUUGAAGUCUCUUUCAAUACACCCAUAACAGAUUGUGUUGCUUACUUCAGCAUUUACUAGUUACUGUGUUAUAAGAUGUUAAUGAGUUGUCUGAGGAUGUUUUUCCAAAUAGUUUGUGUUUCAGAGGGUGUUUUGGGAAGCAGAUUUCAGCUGUUCAGUGGAUGAUGGAACUACUUUCCUCACUACUUCCAAACAAUGUCUAUAUACAAUGUCUACAUAAGGGAAAUAUCAUAUAGGAGAAUUCUGUUAGCAUUUUUCAUAUUGCUGCUAUUUGUUAGUUUGGAACAUAGUUACCUAUUACCGUCUUUUAAAAAAGAAACAUUUGUUUUUGUAAUUUAAUGCACUGCUCUUUUUAAUGCUAACUACCGUAUUUGCCUUUUUUUAAACCCGAUUUUUCGUAAAUGUCAUUAUUAGAUUAAAACCUCCAGUGCAAGUAAAUCUAUUUAAACCAGCUGUGCCAUGCAACUGAAAUAAUUUAUCUUGCCUACCUCUGCAUAUAAUUAUCUAUUCCAACCACAGGUAACUGUCAUCCCUUGUUUCUGUUACAAUUUUGUGUGUAAAUAAAACGUUGAGUUCUACUUU